AUGUUGAAAGGUGUCAAUCCGGGUUUUUUAUCCGAGCGCCAAUUUCCCAAUUUUGCCACUCCUUCCGAGUACAACCAUGUUGACCACAUUGACAACGCUAUCUUCUGCGCGGACGAGUUCCGCAUGUACGCCUAUAAGAUCAAGCGGUGCCCAAGAAUGCGAAGCCACGACUGGACGGAGUGCCCCUACGCCCACCGUGGCGAAAAGGCGCAACGCCGCGACCCGCGUAAAUUCAACUACACGGCCAUUGCCUGCCCAGCCUUCCGCAUGCACGGUAAAUGCCACAAGGGAGAUGCCUGCGAGUUUGCGCACGGAGUCUUCGAGUACUGGCUGCAUCCUGCAAGGUACCGAACACGCGCAUGCAAUGCUGGGCGCUAUUGCCAACGUAAGGUAUGUUUUUUCGCUCACACGCAAGAGCAGUUGCGGUCCGAGACCAAAUACAAGUCUCAUUCCACGUACCGGCAGCAAGCGAACGGCGGGCACGGAUCGAACAGCGGGGAGGAAUCCUCGUCGUUGCCUGUGCCGGAGCUGACGAAGAAAAAGAAUGAGAGUAAUUAUUUUGACGGGGUUUCAGAGUUUUUGAAGAGUUUGAGGGCGUUGAAGAUAAGGGAUGUUGAGGAGGGGGAGAGGGGUUCUGCUAAUUGGGGGUUAUUGGAUUCAGAUUUGCCUCAUCUCGAUUGGAUUUCGGAGUUGGUGCAGUAA